AAAAUGAUUAAUGAAACUCUCUCUCUCUCUCUCUUGUUGUCUAAAUAUUUUCAACUCUCUCUCUAGAGUCUGGUGAACUCUGCGUGUCUUCUAGAGAGGGAAACAAAAAAGAACAAAUGGGUUGUUUAUUCUGCUCUCACAAAUCCAAGAACAAACCUAAAUUUCAGCAGAACAACAAGAACCCACAAGAUCAGAUCUCAUCAACUUCAGAUAAAUCGAAGGUUAAUUCGGCUGUUGGUGUACAUAAAGAAGCUUCUAAAGAUGGGGGGUCUACACACAUUGCAGCACACACGUUUACGUUUCGUGAAUUGGCGGCUGCAGCCAAAAACUUUAGAGCGGAUUAUCUCUUGGGUGAAGGGGGGUUCGGAAGAGUGUAUAGAGGGCGGUUAGAGAGUACCAACCAGGUUGUGGCGAUCAAGCAACUUGAUCGUAAUGGUUUGCAAGGAAACAGAGAGUUCCUUGUUGAAGUAUUGAUGUUAAGCCUACUUCAUCACCCUAAUUUGGUUAAUUUAAUUGGAUAUUGUGCUGACGGAGAUCAACGACUUUUAGUUUAUGAGUACAUGCCACUAGGAUCGUUAGAAGACCAUUUGCAUGAUCUACCACCUGAUAAACAACAACUUGAUUGGAACACAAGAAUGAAGAUUGCUGCCGGUGCAGCAAAAGGCUUGGAGUAUUUGCAUGAUAAAGCUAGUCCACCGGUUAUAUAUCGUGAUCUAAAGUGCUCAAAUAUAUUGCUUGAUGAAGAAUAUAAUCCCAAACUUUCCGAUUUCGGGUUGGCCAAAUUGGGGCCCGUUGGUGACAAGACUCACGUGUCAACAAGAGUGAUGGGGACAUACGGAUACUGUGCUCCUGAAUACGCAAUGACAGGUCAGCUCACACUGAAGUCAGAUGUUUACAGUUUCGGGGUCGUUCUUCUUGAAAUUAUAACCGGGAGGAAGGCCAUUGACCAUUCGAAAACCGGUUGUGAACACAAUCUGGUUGCUUGGGCGCGCCCUUUAUUCAAAGACCGUAGAAAAUUCGGACAGAUGGCGGACCCCACGCUACAAGGGCAGUACCCUGUAAGAGGUUUGUAUCAGGCACUUGCUGUUGCCGCGAUGUGUGUACAAGAGCAGCCCAACAUGCGACCCGUGAUUGCAGAUGUAGUUACAGCCCUUACAUAUCUCGCUUCUCAAAAAUAUGACCCGCGAACCUACCAGUCUCAAACCACUCGUUCAGGCUCUUCCACCCCUAGAACACAAAGAAACAGCGAUGCUUCGACCAGGUGAGGUGAACGGUCGAUAUUUUUCUAACAAGAAAUAUGACCCUUUUGUGUUUAUAUAACACAUGGGAAUAUGUUCAUGUUUGGUUAUUCUUUUCAACUUUUUUAUAUUUUGUCUUACCAUUCUUUUUUUUUUUUUUCCUUUCACUUGAAUUUUUGUGUUCUUUAAUAUAAGGAUUGGAGAUUCUUGUAAUUAGCAAGCUUUAUAUAAAAAGGGUAACAGUCAAUUUGGCUUUAUAUAAA